AUGUCGAUCCCUGCCAACUUCCCCGCCAAGUCGUUCCAAGAGGUAAACCAGAUCUUGACGUCCCCCGGGAUGCCCUGGGAGAUGUCCACGGUCGAGAUCAAGGGCGUGCCGACGAGGAUCUACAAGCAUGCGCCUCCGACGAUGCGGAGCUUGUGGACGAUUUGCAAGGUCAGCAUUGAAGGAUAACAACGCUCCCAGAUCGGGUGCUUAAAGGCCCCACCUUCUCUAGGCCCACGGGAAGAAGGACUACAUUAUCUACGAGAGUAAGUCGCCCCAGGACUGCACUUCCACGCCGGCCGACUUCCCCACAAUCGACCGCCGGAGUCCGGGGUACUCGGCCGAGUGGGUCGGCAGUUGAGCAAUCUUGGCAUUUUGAUUCGCGAAGGACGAUCAUCGAUCUGAUGCGGCUGACCCAAUCUGAUGAAGUGAUGCUCAGAUGAAAGGUACACGUACGAAGAUGCCCACAAGCUCGUCGAGCACUACGCUUCGUAUUUGUACCAUCAGCUGGGGUGCAGAAAGGGUGAUCGCAUCGCCAUUUGUGCUCGCAAUCUGCCAGACUGGGUCUGGGUGUGGUGGGUGAGUAGACGAUCCCACUGCCUCCUGUAGACUCAGAAAAAUCUCCAGCGGAUUCGAUAAGCCCAUUGGCUGACUCGAAUGUGUCGAAAUAGGCAACUCAAUGGAUCGGUGCCGUAACGGUCGCCGUCAACGCCUGGCUGCCCGCCGAUUCGUUGCACCACUGUCUGACAUUCACGACCCCUCGCGUCGUAUUCGUCGAUUCUGAACGAUCACCUCUCAUUGCGCCCAUGACCAAGAGUUUAGAGGAAGUCGGUGGGACUCGCUUCGUGCUCUCGUUCAGGGAUCCCAAAGCUUCUUCGUUCGGGUUUCUCAAUUUCUCGGAUGAGAUCAAGGCUCACAAAACGUUGGCGGUGCCCGAGGUCAAGACCGAGGCAGACGAGUUGGCGACAAUUUAUUUCACGUCGGGUGGGUGCUGUAGAGCUGACCUCUCUGUCCACCGUUGCAAUCAGCCCUUGUCGCUGACUCUUCCAACUCGGGCUCUCCUAUUCUAUUUCACCCAGGUACGACCGGCCUACCCAAAGGCGUGAUGACGACUUCGCGCCAGUACAUCCACAACGCCAUCAACUCGAUGUAUGGUGGUGCGCGCAUGCUCCUCCGUCGAGGCGAGUCGUUGCCGACGCCGAGUCCGGACGAUGUGCAAAAAUCGACCUUGUUGGCCGUGCCUCUGUUCCAUGCGAUGGGGAACCAUAGUGUGAUUGGUUUAGGUACCGCAAUCGGAGCCAAGGUAAGUCACCGCAUAUUCUUCGUUCAGUCCCACUUGGUUGCUAAUGAACGGAUUCUUUACAGAUCGUCUUGAUUCGCAAAUGGGACGCCGAAGAAGCUGCUUCGCUGAUCCUUAAAGAGCAACUCUCCUCCGUCAGCGGGAUCCCCUUCAUGGCCACUGAAGUCGUCGCCGUCCUACGCAAACGAGGUGCAAGCCAUCUUCUGGAAUCCGUCAGUGUUGGAGGAGCCCCCUCGUCAGGUGGUUUACCCAAAGACGUAGGCAAGAUCGGCGCAGCUCCGGGACAGGGCUACGGUGCGACCGAGGUUUCUUCCAUGGCCACCUCCGUCGUGGGAGAGGAUUACCUCCUUCGACCCAAGACGGCCGGUCUGCCUUGUCCCGUAGUGGAUAUCAAGAUUAUGAACCCUGACACGCUCAAAGAGGUGCCCGUGGGAGAGGCGGGGGAGGUUUGGAUCAGCGGACCGGGGAGGACGAAUGGGUAUUGGAGGAAUGAGAAGGCGACCAAGAAGGCCUUCACCGAGCAUGGGUUUUAUCGAACGUGAGUCAUUUAUGUAUAGGUCCAAUCGGUCGAGUGGAGCUCCUGCUCAUAUGUUCACUAUGAUAGAGGCGACGUCGGCUACCUCGAUCAGGAGGGCUUCCUGUACAUAUCGGACCGUAUCAAGGACAUGGUCGUUCGAGGUGGGGAAAACAUCGCGACCGUCACGAUCGAGGAUGAGCUCUUCAAGGAGGAGAAGGUCAUGGAUUGCGCUGCAUUUGGGGUACCGGAUGACAGGCUCGGGGAAACGGUGGCGUGAGUCCCGACUCCGAUGUCUCCAGAGGCUUGAGGCUUGAGCUCUACUGAUAUCGAAGAGACUCGGAUUUGACAGCGCUGCGGUGGUCGUCAAAGCCGAGUACCGGUCCCAAGUCACCGAACAGCAACUGAUUGAUUUCGUCGCGAAGAAAUUGCCUAAACAUUCCGUACCCGCCAUGAUCGCGUUUUACGAUCAGUUGCCUCGCAACGGUGUGGGCAAGACGGACAAGAAGAUCUUGAGGACCGAAGUGGCCAAGCUUCACGCGGAGAGGAAGAAGGGCAAAAGCAAAUUGUGA